GGCGGACAGCAGAAGAGUGCCUUAGGAAGAAGAUCCUUUUAUUGAUUUUAUUCAAAACCAGAUCGGGCCUCAGUUGUCAGAGGUAGCCACUGGUGGGGUGUCUAAUACAGGAGCAGAAUUGUUCCUGGAGAAGAAUGAUGACAGUAGAUCUGAAGGUGGCUGACUUCUUGAACCCUCAGAUCAGAGCUCUUUGGGAGACCAAGGGACCUGUGGCAGAGAACGCCAGUCAGCAUAAGAAACAUGCCCCACAGAUGGACAGUCUCAGUCCUGAGAGGUCUCACCAGCACUUCCGGAACUUCCUCUAUCAUGAAGCAGCUGGACCCCGGGAGGUAGUUGACCAGCUUCAAGAAUUAUGUCGUCGGUGGCUGAGGCCAGAUAUUCAUUCAAAAGAGCAGAUCUUGGAACUUGUGGUGCUAGAGCAGUUCCUGACCGUUCUGCCCGGGGACACCCAGACUCUCAUACAGAAGCACCAUCCACAGAGCAUCGAGGAGGCUGUGGUCCUUGUAGAACACUUGCAAAGGGAAACUGGCCAAACAAGGAAUGGGGUUGCAGUCCAGGAGCUGGGAAAGGAGGCAGUGCUCUUGGGAGAAGCAGCAGAGGCCCCAGGCUUCCAGCUGAAGCCAGCAGAGUCCCAGCCAGUGGGCAUGUCCCUGGAGGAAGAAGUUUGGAAUAUACAGCAGGGUCUACAAGAGCCACUGAGCAGGAAUACCCACAAAGAACCUGAGCCCGUAUGUGAGAGGGUGGUGCCUGCUCACCGGAUCCUAGCCUUUCCUGAGCAGACAGACACCAAAGACUGGACAGUGGCACCUGAGCUUGUCUUGCCUGAGUCCCAGAGCUUGUUGACAUUUGAAGAAGUGGCCAUGUAUUUUUCCCAGGAAGAAUGGGAGUUACUGGAUCCCACUCAGAAGGCCCUCUACAAUGAUGUAAUGCAAGAAAACUAUGAGACUGUCAUCUCUCUAGCAUUAUUUGUGCUCCCCAAACCUAAAGUCAUCUCCUGUCUAGAGCAAGGAGAAGAGCCAUGGGUUCAAAGACCCCUGGAGUUCAAGGACAGUUCUCAAGAGCUGCCUACAGGGCUGAAGCUUAGAAAUGACACUGAAAAUAUUCAGUCUCUAUGUCUUUCUGACUUAGAAAUACAAGCACCAGUAGCUAUAGCAUCAAGAAAGGCCAGAUUGAAAGUUCCCCAGAAAACAAUUGGCAAAGAAAAUCAUGGUGAUGUGCAUAGGGUGGGGAAAUUGCACCGAGAUUUUCCGGUGAAGAAAAAAAAGAAACUUUCAGCCUGGAAACAAGAGCUGCUGAAACUUAUGGAUCUUCAGAAGAAAGAACGUGCAGCAGAGAGGCCUUUUAAAUGCCAGGAAUGUGGGAAAAGCUUCAGAGUUAGCUCUGACCUCAUUAAGCACCAGAGAGUUCACACAGAAGAGAAACCAUAUAAAUGUCAACAAUGUGAUAAGAGGUUUAGGUGGAGCUCAGAUCUUAAUAAGCACUUAACAACACACCAAGGAAUAAAACCAUAUAAAUGCUCAUGGUGUGGGAAAGGCUUCAGUCAAAAGACAAAUCUCCACACACACCAAAGAACUCACACUGGAGAGAAGCCCUUUACUUGUCAUGAAUGUGGGAAAAAAUUCAAUCAAAAUUGCCACCUUAUUAAACAUCGGAGAACUCACACAGGUGAGCAGCCUUACACCUGUAGCACGUGCAGGAGAAACUUCAGCAGACGCUCAAGCCUUCUUAGACACCAGAAACUCCACCAGUAAAGGGAAGUUUGUUCAGUGUCCUCAGUCUAAAGAAAUUUAUCAAGUGGAGCUU